AUGUCUGCCCAAAAAAGCAAUAAAGAAAAUUCUAAAAACAAGAAAGUUACAAUAUCAAAAGAAGAAGGGAUUGAAAAUAGUUUUAUGAUUCUGAGUCCUAUUAAAGAACUCUCACCAAUAAAGGAGAAAAUUAAAGAAGAGCAAAAAUGCAUAGAAGUUAUUGAAUUCGGAUGGCAAAGACAUAAAUUAGGAAGUGAAAUACGAUAUUUGGACAUAUUUUAUAAUGCAAAUCCAAACAUAUUAAAAUCUGAUAUCUAGCGCCUAGAUUUGAAUAGUUGUCUAGAUGAAUAAGGAUAACCUGUGUAUCGCAAGACAACUUAAGCAUUGAUGUAAAAUAUGGCAUUAAAAAUCUAAUCUCGAAUAUCAAUGGCAGGAGAGUAAAUUUAUUCAUCGAUUCCAUUACAACAGGCUUGUUUGAGUGAUUAUCACUCUUUCAAAGGUGAUUAUGGUAAAGAUUGGAAAGGGCAUUAAAUUAUUAAGAGCAAAACCUUGAGUGGAGUAAAAAAAGUAUAGACAUCAAGCAAAAAAAUAAUAUUAUAAUGA